AUGUCACUGGCGUCUAAUUCGCUUCGAACGACGAGGAACUCGGUUCGUGAACCUGUCGAGCAUGCCAGUCCUUCACGUCGUUCCUCCAACCCUUCGUCAUCUCCGCAGUCCUCUCAACCGGAGAUCUCUUCACCACCCUCAUACUCUCCAAUCCUUUUAUCUUCGCCCAAUGUCGUACACGCUGCAUCGUCUUUACCACUUGUGCAAGAUUCAGCGAACGGGAACGGGGUUGGGACUGGGAGCGGGAAUGUAGGCGAAAGAGGAGGAGAAGAGGAGCAGGACGAUAUCCCACCGCCAGUGUAUACGCUCGUGGCAGAUGAGAGUGCCGGAGAAAGCACGGUUCCGGUAGACGUUGACGAUGGAGGAGAGCCUAAUGGCAGCCAAGUCCCCGUUGAGUCCAACCUACCCAGUUCUCCGACAGUCUAUCACCAGCCUUCAUCACCACAGACAUUCCGGCCUUCGACAUCCUCCCAUGAUAUCCCCGUUCUCGAAAUUCAACCGUCAUCUUCUCCACCAAGGCACUCGCCUUCGAGUCCGUCGUUGCCUUCCGCGCCACAAUCACCUACUUCGACCCUGCGUCCUAUACAUGCUCGUUCUUCGUCAUCGACGGAGGGACGACCUCUAUCCCAGUUUGCCCUCGACUUCUAUGCCUCUGCAGGUAUAAACUCGGGUACGGAUGGUUUUCAACCAGUCCCCGAGAGCUCCACGAACGCUGCGACGAGUAUAACGAGUCCGGGUUCGACAUCGAAUGUGAACGCUGCCACUUCGAGCGCCCAACGACCACCCGUUCCUCCUCGUCCACCCGUUCCUCCUCGUCCACCGUCAUCCUACAGCACCUACAACCACGCACCUCCCGUUCGUCAGAAUUCCGGGUAUGGCGCGUCGGUCGUUCCUCCCCUCCAGCUCGAUCCAAUUAGCCAACCACCAGGUACUGCAGGACGCGUAUCCAUGCCUGUACCCAUGCCCUCACCUCCCUCGAACGCAUCCUACUCCCCGCAUCCACAACAAUCCCCACAUAUCCAACCUCCACCUCUGCCCAACUCAUUCUCCACGUCCUCGCAAUUGAAUCCUUCACAGACCCUUCAUACACUUACAUACUCUCCGUCGUUAGCUGUACCUCCUCUAUCGACGAUACACCAGUUUGGGCCACACAUAGGUCUACAGCCUUCCUCAUCGCCUUCAUUUGGGCCCCAUUCCUCGCCGCCGCCUCCACCUCAGCCACAACCACCCCCAUCUCCGCAGCCUCCACAUUCACCGUUUCUUCCUUCUCAUGCGCCACAGCAUCUCUCACCACCUCAACCGGGCUACGCUUCUCCACAUCCGCCUCCUCCAGGCCCUCCUCCUCCACCUCGACCUAUAACACCGCCGUUCAUGCAUGCUCCCUCAAUAUCCAUCGCCCCGCCUCCGCCACCAUCGCCCUAUCCGCCCGUACCCAAUCAACCAUAUGCUCCAUACGCCAGCGAUAACGACUAUUCAUUCCCCAUACCUUCCACGGGCCCAACGGACCCGUUCGCUUCCACAUAUCCAAAUUCUCCACCGCCUCAAGUAUCUCCCCAGUCCUUGUCUGGCUCAGGUCGUAGGCCUGCAGUUUCCGACUUCGCAAGGGCGUUCUAUUCCGCUGGUGCGGAUUUUGUGGAUUCGAGGCUAAACCGAGGUGGUCCCUCACCGAAUCCUCAGCCACAGCCAAAUCCACAGCCGCAAGGAGGGCCGAAUCCACAGCCGAACCCACAGCCGAAUCCACAGCCGAAUCCACAGCCUGCGUCCAUUCAAGAUCGCUUAGGAGUGGCGUCAAAUCUGUACUCGCGUAUGCGCUCGCUUUCUGUUGGAGUCGAUUCUGAGUCUUCGAGGGCAUCCACGUACGCGCCUCCACCGGGCGAUCCGCCACAGUCUAGUAUGAGCGGGUCGGACUAUCUGAUGCCGAGGCCGAGUCUGAACGGUGGGCAUGCGCGGCGGAGGAGUUUCGGUGGCCGAAUCAGUCCUGGGCCUGGUGUUAACGGUGACGGGACCGGGAGCGGAGCGGGUUCGAGUACGGGAGCUGGGAGUGGCGCUGGUUAUGGGAGAGAUGGGAGACAGCUACCGGAUGCGAGCCCGACAAACGUGCCGGUGCCGGGGCAUCCAUUGAUGAACCAGGGGAUGAUACUGGUAUAUCCGAGAGGGUUUGAGUGCGCGAAAUGCAAGAACACUGGAUACAAGAACGCAGAUCCGAGUCGGCCUUGUCGAACGUGCUGGGAACAACACGCCCAGCCUUACGCAGGGCUCUACCUCCACGCACCUUGGGGCUCUCCUACCUCCAUCUCCCCCUUAUUUUCUCGCGAUAUUACCUUUCAAAGACCGAUCACGUCUGCAAAUCAUUCGCCAUACCACACUCGACACGGCAGAAGGGCUUCCUACUCCGUUCCACACAGCGACGCUGUACCGCAAUCUCUUCCGCUACCGCCAGCACCGCCGACACAUCCACGCUCUCCUUCUUUGACGUUUUCGCCACCACCACUGUCACAGUCUCCGUACCAGCACCCCUCGAGCUACUUCGCCAACACUAGAUCGAACCCGACUCGCGAUGGAGCCGUUAGCUGUGGGCCCGAAGAAGGCGGGGGUUGGAGAUCGAGGGUGGACGAUUUGGUGCAGGUGGCGGAGGGUUGGGCGGGUGGGACGAUGUCGUUAACGAGGGCUUUGACGGGUGCUGGCGGAAACGGGAAUCAAAAUGGAGGUGCGAAUGUGAAUGGGAGAAGGAACGAAGCGGCAGGAAGUGGUGGGAGAUUGAGAAAGAGGGGUACGGGUGGGAGUCGUGACGGUCCAGGUGCACUUGGGUGGCAAUGAGCUUGAGUGGGAUCGAAACGAGAUGGAAAGAUGGCGCUUGGGGCACUUUCGCUUUGGUGCGCAGUCACGAUGGAGGAUUCUUUUGAUUCGUGGAUAUCAUUCCUAGUCGCCAUUUUUUCAACGCCGCUCAGUGGUAGCUUUUUAUUCGCGGACGAUUUUUUCGACCUUCCUUGCACUAUCUAAUCUUCACGAGCAUAUUUUCUCAUUUUCGUCGGCAGGCUAGUUGUCACAUAAAUUGCUAAUUUAUUC